UUUGGCGACGUUCAUUACUUUUACGGGCCACCAACAAAUAACCCGCCUCAUCAUCGAUUCGAUAAGGGGUCCUAUGUCUACCUCUUCGAGGACCCCAAUCAGGGACGCGCCCGUUUAGAGAUUGCGAACCAGCCAGGCACAGAGGAUCAAGACGCAUUUGAUGGCUACCUCGACAAUGUCCACCUCCAAUACACAUACAAGCACACUUGCCUCGUAACCCUCAUCGUCGGCCAAGUCAAUAACCAAGAAGAAUGGCACCUUCCAACCUAUGACCCCCACAACCAAGCCAAAUAUCACUACAAACUUCACUCCCUUGACCUCUACUUCUGGACUCACCAAGACGCCCUCGAGUUCGUCAACGGCAUCCGCCGCGUCCUUCCCCAUACCCAAUGCGAAGUCCUCGAUGAACCCGGGCCUCCACCCCGUCAACCCACCGAAGCUAGCUCCCUUGUUCAAAAGCUCGAGAAAGUUGCCAUCUCCGACUCCUCCCCAGCCCAGCAAGCCAACCCCGGCGUCCCGUCUUUCCCUGGCCCUCCGGUGUCCGCAGUAGAUGGCGACCUCCCUCCUCCCCCUCCUCCCCCAGCAGCCUUCUCACCUAUCCCUUACAACCCCGCCGCGCCCGCAGCUCCAGAGCAGCUCCGCCACAGGGAAAAGACUCCCCCUCCUGAAGACGGCGUCGCCAACCCACUCCAUCAAACCCUCGCCUAUGACGCCGCCACUCCUUUCUCCCCUGGCCUUCCACCCGGACCAAGCCAUCUCAGCCCGUUGAGCCCGGGCAUCCCACCUCCCAACCUCCAACACCCCCCCGGAGCGCCAACAUUCCCCGGUCCCCCCGUGGCAUCACCCGGCUUCGCCCCCCAAGGCUUCGGCUCCCUCGGUGGUGUAGGUGCGCCUCCUCAUCCAGGCAUCACCCGCUCAGUAACCAUGCCGGCAGUUGGUACUCCCCUCUCCAGUCCAGGGCUGGUGAGUCCUUACGGAGGCGUUGGGACAUUCCCGGGUCAGCCGCAGGUGUAUAACCCCGCUGCUGUGGCGGCCGUGUCUCAGACACCUACACCACCUGCCGUGGGUGGGAUCGGGGCUUCACCCGGCGUUGGGGUCCAAGGGCCGCAGACGGCGCAGGCGGGGCUGCCGCAGCAGAAUGAGUAUGCUGUGCAUCAGCAGUUUUAUGUGCCGGAGGAGGAGUAUAGACCGAAGAAGGAGGUGAGGGGGAAGCUGGAGGAGAAUGCGGGGAGGUUGGAGAGGGGGGUGUCGGGAAUGUUGAAGAAGUUUGAGAAGAAGUUUGGUUGA